AUGGCAGACCUCCCUCCUGCCCCGGGAAUCCCGACACCGGCCCCUGCACCGCCGCCGUCGGAGCCCGGGUCGGCGGCCGAUGUAAUCACUCUUGAGAACCUCGCCCUCAAGUUGGCGAAAUGGGACCCCGCCACCCCAAGCCACCUGUACGCCCUCGUGGACAUGGGCAGCAAUGGCAUCCGCUUCUCCGUCUCGGAUCUCACCCCGUCUCGGGCUCGGUUGCUGCCUUGUCUCUACCAGGAACGGGCCCCCAUCUCGCUCCUCGACGCCCUCCUCGAGGGUGACCCGAGCACCGCCAGCCACGGCGGCGCCAACAAGCCCAAGGUCCAGGACAAGUUCCCCGAGGCCACUAUCCUCGCCGUGGCUCGCACACUGGCUCGCUUUCGGACCAUCGCCAUCGACGGCUACCGCGUCCCACCUGGGAACCUGCUCGUCUUUGCCACCGAGGCCAUGCGCCGCGCCUCCAACGCGGCCGACAUGCUUAAGGCCAUCGCCGACGCCGCUCCGGGAACGGCCGUCCACAUCCUGGAGCCCAAGGUCGAAACGCUGCUCGGGGCCAUGGGCGCUCGCUCAUCGUUUGUGAACGUCAGGGGGCUGUUCGUGGAUCUGGGAGGGGGUAGUCUCCAGAUCAGCUACCUCAACUCUGACCCCGAUCAAGCCUCGAGCGCCGCGGGCGCCGCAGCUGUUGGCCCCGCUGACGCCGGGGCCUCGAGUUACGGCGUCGCGGCCGCCCGCGCCGGCCAGUCGAUGCCCUUUGGCGCGGCGAGGAUGACGCACAUCAUCGAGCACGAGAGUAGCCAUGUGCUGGACGUUGAGGUCUCGGGCCUCCACUCCAAGCUCGCCGCCGCCCUCGAGCACCUGCGCAGGGUCCACCCGGCCCUGGCCGCCGACCUAGCUGACGACGGCCCCGGGGUUGGUCUGUACCUCUACGGCGGCGGCCUGCGGGGCUACGGUAGCAUGCUCAUGUUCAACGACGAAAUAGAGCCCUACCCCCUGGCCGGGAUAGGUUCGUACACUGUAUCAGGUAGCUACUUUUCCGAGGUGAAAAAGAUGCGCAAGGUCAACAAGAAGCACAAGGAUAAGAUCCCGGGCAUGUCGGGCCGCCGGCGCCAGCAGUUCCCUGCCAUUGCCACCGUGGCCGAGGCGCUUGUUGCCGUGGUCCCCAACAUCCGGUGGGCAACCUUCUGCUCUGGCGGAAACCGCGAGGGCGCCUUGAUGAUGGUUUUGCCGGAGUCGCUGCGUGAGAGCAAUCCCCUGCAGCUGCUCUCUCGCCAGAAUGGCAAAGGGGCUGGAAGCAAUCCAGAGUCACCACUAUCAGCUGGCUUCUUCGGCCUCGCCACAGGCCCUGUUGCCGAAGCUCUUACCGCGACCCUGAUAGAGGCCCUGCCAGAAUCCCUGGCCGACGGGCCUGGCUGCGCCAACGUCUUUUCCCUCGGGCUGGGCGCCAUUUUCAUGGAGAGCCUCUGGUCCGGCGCCAGCGGCUCCAGCGGCGAUGACGACGAAAGCGCCUCCAGCGCGCUGCACCAGACUCUGGGCCGAGACCCUGGCGCCCCGGGGCUGGGGCAUCUGGAGCGCGCUGUGCUGGCCGUGACCCUCGUCUCACGGUGGGGUGGCUCUGUUUGCGCCACCGACAAGCCGCUGCUCGAGAAGCUGCGGGCCGUGGUGUCCAGCACUCAGAUUCGGCCGGGCCGGGCGGACGGAAGCGACGGUCAGAGAAAGGGCUCGGGCUCAGCUUCGGCAUCGCUCUUCUGGGCCGACUACAUUGGGGCAGCCGCCGCGGUGGUGGCCAAGGUUACGGCCACAUACCCUCGUGAUCUCGCCACCGGCGGGCUGACGGGGAUCAAGUUCCGUGCGACCUCCGAGACGAAACUCGGCAAGGAGCACAUUAGCCUGGCCAUUGGAGUGGCGGUGCCGGAGGUGCUGGCUUUCGAUCUGGCCGAUUUGACUGCCCCUUUCAAAAAGUUGGGAAAGAAAGAGGGAAGGAAGGUUACCGCGGUGGCUCAGUUUCAGGUUAUUCCCCUUCGUAUGUGA